AUGUCUUCCUCUCAAGCUUCUCAAUUGUAUCUGGAUACCGUGAUUGGGUUUAAUGGGUUAGUCCCAGAUGGUCUUCAGUUACAUCCGAAUCAGAAGCACAUUAUAUAUCCCCUGGGAUCAACAGUUGUUAUUAAAGAAUAUGCUAACCUUGGAGUUGAUGAAUUCCUAGCUGGUCAUUCGGGACCAAUCAGUUGUAUAGCAGUUUCUAAAUCUGGUCAAUAUAUUGCCACUGGUCAAUCCACCCAUAUGGGAUUCAAAGCAGAUAUCAUUGUUUGGGAUUUUGAAGAAAGAAAAUUGAUGCAUCGAUUAAAUUUGCACCAUGCCAAGGUAGAAUGCCUUGCCUUUAGCGACGACGAAGAGUUACUUGUCAGCGUAGGAGGAAAGGAUGACAAUUGUAUUACUGUCUGGAAUGUUCAGAGCGGAAAGCCAAUCUGUGGUACCAACACAACUGCUCUCGGUACUUGUGUCCAGUUCUUCCAUAAUGACAGAAGCACUUUUAUGAUGGCUGGCAAACAAAUGUGUAGAGUUUACACCAUUGAUUUUGUUAAUAAGAGAUUAGAUUUUGUAGACUGUAAUUUAGGCCAAAUCAAGAGAAUUUUCACGAGUCUGUUAAUUGAUCUAGAUGAUAGUUAUGCCUACGUUGGAACUACAUCAGGAGAUAUUCUAUGCAUUCAACUAAAGGGACCUAAAAAUUAUAAGUUUUUAGGACCAAAGGACAAGAUCAUGCAAGGAGUUCUCAGUUUGUGCUUUUCACCCUCAGGUAAAUCUAUUUUUGUUGGAGGUGGUGAUGGUAGUGUCACAGUUGUGAAUAAGGAUAAUUUACUCAAGGUUACUUCAACUCUUUUAAUGGGAGGAGUCACUUCAAUUUGUUGCAAGGAAAGCGACAACUCUUUCAUUUGUGGCACAAACCAAUCGGUCAUUUAUUCUAUGAAAGGAUCCGGAAAGCUUGAAGCCAGCUUGAUUGCAACCUGUCAUAACCACAGAAUCAAUGAUGUAUGCUACCCAAGAGAAGCAAGCGAAAUCAUUGCCACAUGUUCUAUCAACGAUAUUAGAGUUUGGAAUAUACAAAAAUCAAAAGAGUUAUUAAGAAUUCAAGUCCCUAAUCUCGAAUGCAAUUGUAUCACAUUUAGUCCAACAGGAAAUGCCAUCAUUAGUGGUUGGAGUGAUGGUAAAAUUAGAGCUUUUGGCCCUCAAAGUGGAAAACUUCUUUACGUCAUUAAUGAUGCUCAUAAAAUUUUAGGACAAAAGAAGGUUUCGGGAAGACUGGUGGGAGUGACUGCCAUUGCCAUGAGUCAUGACUCUCAAAGAAUUGUCAGUGGAGGAAGUGAUGGUCAAGUUAGAGUAUGGCAAAUCACAAAAACAUCACAAAUUUUGGUAGCUUCAAUGAACGAACACAAAGCCACUGUAAAUGCCAUUCAAAUCAAAAAAGAUGAUUCAGAAUGUAUUAGUGCCAGUGAUGACGGAACAUGUAUUGUAUGGAAUUUGGAUAAGUUUGUAAGAGCAAACAUUAUUUAUGCUCAAACGUAUUUUAGACAAAUAUGCUAUCUCAAUGACGAAUCUCAGAUGUUGACUUGCGGAUCAGACAAACAAGUGACCUAUUGGGAUGCCUAUGAUUGCACAGCGAUUAGAGAAUUGAGAGAAGCAGAGGAAGAUGAAAUUAACACACUUGAUAUUGAUCCAGAUGGUCAAUACUUUGUUUCAGCAGGCAAACACAAAUCAGUGAAUGUUUGGCACUAUGAUCAUGGGGAAAUCAUCCAACAAGGCUUUGGACAUGCCGACAAUGUCACCAAAGUGAAAUUCAGCCCUUGUGGAAGGUUUAUAUGUAGCGUUGGAGAGGAGGGAGGUAUUUUCAUUUGGAGGCCAUUCUAUCAUCCUUAA